UCGCCACUUUCGUAUCUGGACUCUGGAGUGCUGGUGGGCGAUAGGAGCGAAAGGGGUGUCUACGCGUUUCUCAAUACAUAUCCAGGCGCCUCUUUGAUGUCCUUUAUGCUGGGUAGCCGAUCAGCGGGCCAUCCGAGUGUGAUUGAUGAACAGAUCGCUGACUGUGCGCAGCGAGUGCCGCCCAAGCAACACGACACGAACCCCCUGAUUGUGGUCACCAAUACAACAUUACAUACUGAGUGAUCAAAGUCCUCUUCCCCAUCCGCCAUGUCCUACAUCCCCGCCUCCCCCUCCAGCCCCCACUCCUCCGCCUCCUGCGACAGCGACAGCUCGCCCCCAUCGCCCAGCAUCCUCACCCCCUGCCUCCCCUCGUCCCCCCGGUUUCCUUCCCCCAAGUAUGCCACCACCAAGGGCUUCCCUCUCUUACCGCCCAGCCAUCCCCUGCGGACCCAACUCUGCAGCCCCCAUGAACAGAGUCCAGUCAGCCCCCUGCGUACACCCAAGGGACACCCAAUCGAACCCAAAUCCUAUCCUUGGUCAUUACCCACCAAAAAGCCCAGCCUGGUGCUGAACCCCUAUACACAAGACGAGACCACCGCCAGCCGCCUCGUCCAUCUGCUCCGAAUCCCUCGGAGACUACGUCCCUUUCUGCUUCUCGCCAUCUGUCUGGCGACAUUCAGCUUCAUCCUCGUUUCCCGUACCAUCUCCGGCUCAAGCCAUGCGUCCGUAUUUUCGCCAAUGCAAGAAGGCGACUUUGCGAAACGCGAUGUCUAUGUUCAGCAGGCCUUCAACGAUCACGCUGUACCGGGCAAGGUGGGGAGCGCGAGCAAAGAGGUCAAAGUGGAGCCUUUCAAGUUUGAAAAUGUCGAACAAGAGUUUGCUGCUCUCAUGUCUUUUGUGACGGCUACGACAUCCAACGUGAUAACCCACACCGACCCUGCCCUCCCUCUAGACCCCUCGCUCGUGCUCGACUUUGAUCCGGCGAGUCCCCGUGCUCGGGCAGACCUCGAGCUCGUCCAAUCUGAAAUCAACACCCUCUACCCUCUCGUCCUUUUCGGCAAGAUGCGUGACCCUCGCUACCGCAAGCUCAAAAGCCUCCUCUCGCAAGUCAAGAUCUCGCCCCCACCACUCGUCAUUGAAGUCGACCAGCGGAGAGAUCAGACUGUCUUUAUCCCUACCAUCGCGAGAUUACUGGGCACCGACGACUUGCCGCAGAUCACCCUCCAAGGCAAGUCUUUGGGCAGCUACGAGGAGCUUGUCGAGAUGCACACCGCGGGGACGUUGUUUAGCCAGAUCGAGGCUACAGGCGCGGUGGAGGUCAAGCAGCUAAAGAAGAAAUCGAGAGGAGAGAGGGAGAAGGAGAGGCUGGAGAAUGAGCGAGUACUGGGCCCGGCGCCCGUCGCUGCAUUCUAGAUAGAAGGGGUUUCUCGGGACGAUCUUGUUGUGUGAUUGGUACAGUUGUGAUAUUUAUUGUUCGUCAAAAUUCUUUAAUCAUAUACAGGCGUACAGACUGUGUCUGGUUGCGACCCACGCCCCAUAGAUAUUCAUUUUUGGGCUCUAACAUUUUUUUUCUCUUGGUGCUCACACAUAGCUACAGAUGUCCGCACCUUAUACAUGCAUCGGGCUUGCAAAAGUG